UGGUAGGUUGAGUUACUCUUGGAGGAAGUAAAACGGGCAUCCAUGAUACUCACCACCAAGAAACCGAUGGCAAUAAACAACUGUAGAUAAUAUAAAUAAUAUACAGUAUUACAGUACUCCAAACUGACUUUCCUUGACUGACGUCAUUGCUAAUGGCGGCCACCCUGGAUUUUCGAACCCAUGUUGACCAGUCGUGCAGAUAUUCGGAGGAAUUUGUCAACAUUUACUAUGACUGUGUGGAUAAGAAGAGAAGGAACCUGACCCGACUGUACUUGGACAAGGCAACCUUGGUGUGGAAUGGAAACACCGUGUCAGGACUAGACGCCCUGGGCGAGUUCUUUGAGGCACUACCUUCAAGCGAGUUCCAAGUUCACACGCUGGAUUGCCAACCAGUUCACGAACAAGCAACCCAAGGCCAGAUGACCCUGCUCGUAGUGACUGGCGGUACCGUGAAGUUUGAGGGGAACAAGCUGCGUUUCUUCAACCAGAACUUCCUUUUAACGGCUCAGGCUUCACCCAACAACGAGCAGCCAGUGUGGAAGAUUGCGAGUGACUGUUUUCGUUUUCAAGACUGGAACAGCUGAUGCUUUCUUCAGCGUAACUGUCCAAUGGUUGUAUUUUUGUAAUAAAAGAAUUCCAAGUUUGAAUAUGAAAAAGGUAUUUAUUCUCAGGAAAAAGCUUGAACAAGGCCUGUGAUCCUAACAGCACUAUGUGCAUUAUACAAACAAGUCCAUAAAUUGGUGUUUCCACACAUAGAAAUACAUAUAAAACACUCCUAUAUUGACAUGGUCAUUUUCCCCUUUACACCAACUUGUUCAUAAUCCUGUAAACUCAAGAAAAAACAUGAUCUAUAUUACUGUCAGCUGAAAAACUUUGCUACUGCCGUAAAGCACAUCCACGGUUCAUCCUGCUCUUAAAACAAGAUGCUGAUGAGACGAGCGUGUCUCCAAGUGCAACAACCCACUUUUGGCAGUUUGAUUAAAUAAAACA